UUUCUUGGAUGUGUUUUAAGAAAAUAUUUUCUUAGACAAAAAAAAAGUUAUUUUGCUAAUAAGAGUAAUAUUCUAAAUUCGAGAAUACAUUUUUUAUGGCAACAUUUUGCUUUGUCAUUUUCAAUCAUGUCGUGACAUGUUGAAAACGCGCGCGCUCCGUCUCCGUGGCCGUGGUAUCUGCGAUUGAAGAAGCCAUCCAUAAAUCAAUAGCCAAUUAUUUAAAAUGUGAAGCAAAGUGAACUAUACUUACUUAGUUUUACUUGAAAUCUUAAAAAGGUAAGGCAAGGAGAAUAAAAUCUUAAAAAGGAACUGAUUUUUCUAUUUGUUGUUUGUGGAAACAGUAAUGGAUUCGUUGAAAGAACUUUUGGAAUCGUGGAAUAUACCACAACUUGUAGUGACCAAUUUUAUUGGUGAGUGAUUUGAUGUUAUUAUGUAUUAAUUGUGUAAGUAUUACAUUUUUAUGCGCAUGAUGAUAUUUUGUACAUAACCUUGAAUGUAAGCGUAAAAUGGAGGGAUUUAUUUAUUUGUUUCUCUCGUGAGUUUGGGUGCAGUUUGUGGUUGUCUAUUUGUGUGUUCAUGGCACCCGCGACACAGGGUUUCCCUUGUGCGGGGUAUAUUCAGUGUAUGUGUUAUUGAAUGUGUGUGUUAUUCAGUGUGUGUGUGCGUUAUUAAACUAGAAGUAAAAUACAUAAAAAGAUAUUUGAUUUAAUUUGACUUUAUUUACAAACUUGACGACUUUUGCAGAGAAUGGUAUAAUGAUUGAACAUUUUCCCAAAUUAAAACUAGACAAUUUGAAAGAAUUAUGCCCACAUAUGGGGACUAGACUAUCUUUAGAGGAAAAGAUAGGGGAGCUUAUUACUGCACAGGCAACAACGGAUGCAGUAUCUGAAUCAACUGAUGAUCAAGUCAUUAUUACUCCCACCUCCAGUAAAUUUGAGACAAGCACCAGUGAUUGUUUAUUUUUAUUAGUUUUUUACCAGUUUAUUAGUUUCAUUAGAUGAACUACAAGUGGUCGACAUCUUGGAAACAACCAAAAGUGUAUCUAGAAAAACAUUUCCACAUUUUGAUUUGGAGACACUACUGCAUACGUCAGCAGGUGGCAAUAGUAUUUUAAAAUACUAUGAAACAUAUGGUUUUCUCAAUAAUACCAAGAGAAACCAGUUGACCGAUAUAAUUACACAUACAUUGUCAAUUACCGGAUAACCUAUGAAGAAUAUAAUAUUAUAUCUGCGAAAAUAAUAUCACUGUUUCCAAAGGAGUCAAUAGGCACUUAUUUUACCAAACCUAUAAAAAAAAAAUUCAUUUAAUGGACGUUCUACAGUAGCAUGAGGAAAAUUGGUGGGCAAAGUCCGUAACCUUCUGUAUAAAUAUGGAGACCACACACAAGCGACAAUCUGGCACUCUAGAAAAUGCUCCACCGUUUAAAAGACAGUAUAUUCAAGGUUUGCAAGAUUUACAUUUAAGAGAUAUACUGUUUCUCAACAAUAACACCGAACCAUGGGGUGAAGUAAUACAAAAAUGUAAAGAUACGUUUAAAGUUCGAAAAGAAAGUGAACACAAGAGCGUUCAUGAGUUUCUACAAGACUGGAAAAUAUUAUCAGACCAAAGAAGUGACAUAUUCAUAAACAUUGACUUCGACUUGUUGUAUCCAGAAAAAGGGCUGAAUUUUUAUUUAAAUUGGAAAAUAUUUUUCGAAAAAAUUAUUGCUUUUAAACCGAACAGAGACGAAAGAAUCUUGAACCUUAUUGAGUCACUGAAAAAUUUAGACAAUGAUUUAACACUUCCUGCUGAGCUUAAAAUACUCGCACAUCUGGUGCCUCCAAAGGGAAGAAUUUCAAAAAAAAUUAAGUUCACUACUCAGGAAGCAAUUGACUCCUUAUAUAUUUGUGUGCCGAAUGCUGGCGAUAUAGACCAAGUAAUCAAAGAACAAAAACAAAAGGCGACAAGCAAGAAAUUGUCUGUUCAACCCUAUGUUAUACUCCAGGGAUAGUGUGAUUGUUUAAAUUAUUCAGAAGGGUUGUUGCAGUGCAAAUUUAUAUAAAAUAAGUAAGUUACGUAAACAAGCCCUAAGGUUUAUUGAAUUAUGGUUUGUCACACAUAUAUGCAUAUAUGUAGGGACACGAAUUUUAUUUCUGUGAGUUGUAAUUUAAUUUUCUAUGUUAAAGUUUUUCAUGUCAAUAAUUCAUUUUGUAUUUUACUAAUAUUAUGC